AUGCAGUCGAAGCGGUACAUGUCCUCGCGGAUCCUUCCCUCCUGCAUCAUACGCCUCUGGAACACAUCGUCAUUCUCCCAGCGUUCCGCGACACUUGUGUGGUUGAGCUUCUUGGCUCUGAUCACGCGAUCCUUGGCAUCGCGGAUAACAGUAGCCUCGGCAGACAUUUGCCCCCGCUUCUUAGCGCUGGCGUUGAGCUGCCUGAAAUCUGCACUGAUCAAGUUCUCAACGGGCUUUCUCGAUCCUGCUGCAGCUGUCGCCAGAAGCCGCAUGCGAAGGCCCUUGUUCUCGAAGAACUUCUUGGUCACCUUCGUCGUGUCAUCACUCUGGGGUGCCUUGCACUUCAGGCUGAACAGCAUCCCCUUUGCCACGACGGCUUGGCACUUUGUGCACGGGAACGAGCCGAGUGGGUACGGAUCAUCUUCACCGGCCUCCGUGGUGUCGAGGAAAAUCAACAAAGGUAUUCCUCUAGUUCAGAGUCUCGAAGCAUUUCUCGAAGAUGCGCAACCCGAAAAGGGGGGUGUGGGGUUGCCCGAGGCUGACAGCAUUAUCACCCUGAAGCAAGUGAACCACAUUGCCGACCUGGGGAUCAAGUUCUCGAGUGGCCAGAUGUUUAUGCGCAACUGCCUGGACGAACUGCGCCAGGUAGCGAGCCUGGGGGUGUCCGUCCAGGUGGUAGGCAAAGUUGACACCGGGGGCUGCAUCAGGAACAUGGUAGAGGAGGUGUUGAGGGAGAUAGUGGAAGGAGGAGAGACCAAGGCCGUGCGCAUCAGUGAAAUCGCGAGUGGCAUAGAAGCUGUAUCGGGUGAAGAAGUUCCUUUUCCGCUCGACCUGCCCAAACGUGGCGCCGUCAAUCAAGUGGACGCUAUUGGGCGGUAUGCCGAAAAGGGUUAUGAGGAAAUCCUUGUGAAAAGUCUUCAUGGAUCCAGCGUUUUCAAGAAUGACACAUCGCGAGAGGAGUGGGUUGGCAGUGUCAAGGUAGCCUCCGGUAUGGCCGAUGGUCGUGAAAUCCUGACAAGGCGGGGUGUAAAGUUUUUCAACCCCUACCGACCCGUGCGCUACCUCUGUGUGGUUGAAGCAUUGAAGCGAUUGCGCCGAGCAGCAGAUGCUGAGCGUGUCCAGGUGCAGAACGUCCUUCAGCGGGCGGCAGAGGAUUGGAGGGGCUUCAGCUUUGUUCCAAGCAACUGGGGAGAUCGAGUUGGUGAAGCGGACAGGAUUGAAGCGGAUUUCACGACUGGCACCUUGCCGCUUGGCUCCCUCCGGCCCGAGCCGUACAAGCAGCUGCUGGACGCUCAGCUUGAGAAAGCCCCCGGCCUCAUGGCCUCUGCAAAUACAAUGCUCGCUCUCCCAGUGGGCAUCCCAGUUGCCACCUUGGAAUACCGAGAAUCGUUACUCGGCCGAGUUGUGGCUUUUGUCCGAUGCUUUCACCUUUUCCCGGGAAUCCAAUGGCAAAAGGUCUCUCCCCUUGGACGGGACGUCAUCCCGCACUUGCGGCGCGCCUUUCUGGGGGUGGCAAUCCAUGACACGGCUGCCUCGCUUUCGCUCCUGUUUUCCAAAAUUCAUGAGCUUCCAGGAGUGAAAGCUGGGCAGUUCGUCUCUAUACUCCGGUACCAGGAUCGGGACUUCUGGAUCGGCGCAAUUCUACAAGCCUUCGAGGAGCAUGUUGAGGGGCAUGCGCAUCGGGCCUCUGAUCUGCCGGUAUACAUAGGGGCACAAACUGGGCAGCUCUGUGGCUUCGAUUUCCAAGUUAAUGUCCCUAUUGCUGCUGCUGUCUGUGCGCUUGCUUACCUGGCUGAGGUCUUUCCCACUCCUGACUCGCCUUUCCGCCAUGAUUAUCACAAAAUGGGCAAAGGCGCCCCAACGCAAGUUCUUCUGGACAAGUGGAGAGCGAACCUGCCCUCAUCGCUGACCAGUGAGACCUUGCAGACGGCCCAGCGCCAGGCCGACCUCACUAGGUAUACUCGGGUGGGGUUUUGGCAUUACAUGGAGCUGGGGCAAUCUCUCCGUUCACAUACUCAUGACCAUUCGCCUUUUGAUCCCAGUGGCGAGCCGGCCAACUACCUUGAUGCUUUGCGCUUGCUUUUUGCCGGCUUGAUUCCGGUACGGCAGCUCGAAGCUUCCUGGGCUUAUAAGCACCUUAUUUGGCCGGAGCAUUGGGUCGAAACUACCAUCGCCCUCCCAAACUUGCUCUCGGACGUGCCUCCCCGCAAGAAAUCACGGGGGCUGCAUGGGGGGAGCGCGGUCGUGCCCCCUCGGAGGGCCACCGCACCUGCUGGGUUGCCGCUCCAGCGGUGCUCUGUCGAGAUCGAGGAGGCCGUGCUGGAGGAGGACACGGAUGACGAGCCAGAACCCAUGGACUUCAGUCUGUACCGAGCGGCCAGUGCUGAAGCCAUACUGGCGAUAGAUCUUCACCGUGAUUUCGUCGUUCCGGACAUUGGGCAAGUCGCCUAUGAAGCACUCACGAAAAAAGGUCCCAAAUGCCAGCCUGCAAGUCCGCAAAAAACUGGCUCGGACUGGAAGCUGGAUGACUGGGCCCUUCGGGACGGGCUUUCUGGCAACCGUAGAAGGCAGUUGAAUGACCUCAGCCCUUGCUGGUAUGCCCUCUACGAUUUCCAUAGUAAGAGGCAUCUGCCUAUCCCUUAUCAGGUUUUUGAGCAACAAUAUUCCUCGGAGGAACGCUCUGUGGUGUCUAAGGGGCAAAAGAUGAUGGCGGUUGGUUAUGCCUUCUUCCAGCGAUGCCCGCUUUCAGUGCACAGUACUGCCAGCCUCUCCACGUCUACGAGGUCUGCUAGCUCUGGGGGAGCCGCUGAGUGCUUGGCUUCGCAUUUUGCUCUUGGCCUGCACCUUGCUGCCAAC